AUAAAGCAUCGCCGCCUGUAUACAAAUAACAACGCUUGAUCCGAAAUUUCGAUUCCUCGUCUGUUAAUCAACUGGCGCAUCAAAUUGAGCUGAGCAAUGUUAGAAUGUGCAAAUUACGGUUUCCAAGCAAUUUUCAGAGAGCAAGUCAGAUGACACUCCCUCGUCGAGUUUAAUAAAAGUUAUGUUUCGAUAUUAUCCGCAGGAGUACGUGCGAUACGCUACUGUGAAUGACAGACAGAGAAAGAGGAUGCGUGAAAUGCGGAGAAAAGGUGCCGGAAAGAGGAAGCGAGAGGGUGGAAAGGUGACCUGCGGAGGUAGUACGCUCGAUCGUGCGCGAAUCUAACACCCCUGCGUGCCAGUACCGCGUCAAGUGGUUCCUACAGCCCGCUAUACACGUAAUAUCAUCUUCCCAAUGCAAAGCUUUUCCGGCAAGAGCCCUCCACACAUAUUAGAUUGGUACAAUAUCGCCAUCUAUCUUGGAUAGGAUUGACUCCGGUGGUGGCGCUGCGCCAUCUAGUGACGGUCCUCCGUGUCAGCUCCUUCCAAUCAGAUGGCAUCGCUUCUUCGUGAUUUUCCCUCGUCACGGGCCGUAACGUCAGCGGAGUCGUGUCCCUUGCGUCGUGUCAACAUAUUCAAGAUGGCAAGCACGGUGAACGAGAUCGCGGCUCAGGCGAGCGAAAAUCUUACCGAGUACCAGAAUGCGACGAACGUGAGGGUGCCUUCGACUCCCGAGGGGAUGGCCAUCGCAUACGGCAGCCUCAUUAUUAUGGCCAUCCUGCCGAUUUUUUUCGGCAGCUAUCGCGCCGUCAGACAUCAUAAGGAGCAGCAGCAACAGUAUAAAGCCAGCGGCGAGCAGCCUGACACAAUGUCUCGCAGAGAGGCUGCUAUGUUCCCUUUCAUCUCUAGCGUUACGUUAGUCGGCAUGUACAUAUUGUAUAAGGUAUUUGCAAAGGAAUAUGUCAACUUGAUAUUGGCUGCAUAUUUCUUCUUUCUCGGCAUCCUAGCUCUGUGUCAUCUUACAAGCCCGUUAAUAUCGUCGUUGGUACCUGCUGCGAUUCCAAAAACACAGUACCAUAUCUUAUUCACGAGAGGAAAGGAUGACAAGGAGCAUAUAAUUAACUACAAGUUUAAUUUGCACGACAUUGUUUGUCUCAUAUGCUGCUCGCUUGUGGGAGCUUGGUACCUCUUGAAGAAGCACUGGAUAGCCAACAACUUGUUCGGUAUUGCGUUUGCGAUUAACGGAGUCGAACUGUUGCAUCUCAAUAACGUUGUUACCGGAUGCAUUUUGCUGUGCGGUCUUCUUUUCUACGAUGCUUUCUGGGUGUUUGGUACUGACGUAAUGGUGACCGUCGCAAAAUCUUUCGAAGUGCCCAUUAAGCUCGUCUUUCCACAAGAUCUCUUGGAGAAAGGUCUAAGCGCUGGUAAUUUCGCAAUGCUAGGACUGGGUGACAUUGUACUGCCUGGUAUCUUUAUCGCAUUGCUAUUACGAUUUGAUAAUAGCCUGAGCAGGAAAACGAAUGUCUACUUCUAUUCGACGUUUUUCGCAUACUUUAUGGGAUUACUCGCGACCAUGAUGAUCAUGCACCUAUUUAACCACGCACAACCCGCUCUGCUGUAUUUAGUCCCGGCGUGCUUAGGCACACCUUUGCUGUUAGCGUUAGUGAAGGGGGAUCUCAAAGCGUUGUUCUCGUAUGAGGAUCAUCCGUCGCAGCCGGCGCAACAGUCGGAACAGACGCAAAUAGACGCGAAAAAGGAUAAAUAAUAAUUUUAAUUUAAUAACGCGAUGAGAAACUCGACAUUAUUAUCGUGCUGUAAUUAUCUCCCAAAUUCAUCGCGGGAAAAGGAAACAGAAAUAGUUCACGCUCAAGAUGUACAAUCAUGCAUUGUAAAAUACAAUAACUAUGCCUUUGCAUGCACGUGAACUGCGAGGUAAUUCGAUACUUUUGGCUUCCUGUGCGAACUUUGCGCGAUGUUGAUAUUACGCGAUAGUUUGCGCGGAUAUUGUUUCGAUUGUAACAGUCAAAACUCAACGAGGAAAAGAAAAGGAAAAAAUGUCGCGAUGAUCUGGCGAUUCAUUUGCAUGCACAAGAUCAAUACGGAAUUUUUAUCACUCGUGUGUGGUAUCGCGAUCGACAUGAGAUACUGGAAAAAAAAAUCGUUCCCCCCGUUACCUACAACGAUAAUACCGAGUUUCACCGUUUCGUAUAGCGUAGAGUAGAAUGUGAACAUACUUCCAAUUGUUGAUUUAUAUUUCAUAUACAAUUAUGUAUACGACAGAUUGCUGCCGAUACAUGUAAAUCCACCUAAGUUUUGCUGUGCGUUAUGGUGCGUUUUGUAUUCUAAACAAUAAUUUCAUGUUCCAUUUAUAUAUAAGUUUUUACUGGUAUUCCAGGAUUUUCGAUAAUUUUACCACCAUUUGUGAAUGAUAAUCCUGAAUUAUUAAUAUAUAAAAAGAGAGGAUGAAAAGGUGAUUUUUCCUUCUUUUUGCGACGUGAUAGACGAAUUGAUAUGGAUAGGAAUUACAUACACACUCUAUUUAAAAUUGUCGUAAUAGAAUAUUAAGUGUACAAUUGUACUACACGACGCGACUGCUUAAACGCCGAUUUAUUUAUUUGUGAAAGAAAUUCCAGAUAUGUAUAUUUAUAAUUAUGAUCAGU